UCUCGAUUGUUCUAUAUUUCUGUCUUCAUCUCGUUCUGACAAUGGCACCUGAACGAUGGCGGCAUCACUUGGACUACCUCAUCACCCUCCUCGGUGGCAGCAUUGGUUCUGGGUCGCUCAUCAAAUUCCCAUACUUAUGCAUGCGAAAUGGCGGAGGGGCAUUCCUGAUACCUUACGCUAUCUUCACAUUCCUCGGCGCUAUUCCUUGUGUCUUUUUGGAGAUGGUGAUUGGCCAACUCUCUCAAAGUGGACCUAUCAACGUCUGGAACUUAUGUCCACCAUUUAAAGGAAUUGGUUUCGGGAUUGCUACAGUGAUGUGGCUGUAUGUGACCUACUACAUGGCCAUAUUCGCCUGGUUCAUGUACUACUUCUACCACUCGUUCAUUGCCAAGCUUCCUUGGGCCACUUGUGACAACUCCUGGAACACCCCCGCAUGUAUAACAAACAUCGACAGCAGCAUCCUGAACAGUACAUCAGCUAAUGUUACCAACCUCACUCUCAUUGUUGUUAAUACCACGACUACUGGUAACUACACCAACGUUACCGACACGGUUAUGACAGCAGCAGAAGAGUUUUGGAAAUUGCAGGCUUUACAGAUGACUGAUGGAUUGGAAGACCUUGGGGGAAUACGAUUGCCCUUUGUUGGGUUAAUGGCAGUUACCUGUGUGGUCAUGUUCUUGGUUACCUUUCAAGGGAUCAGAGUGUCGGGGAAGGUGGUGUACGUCACAGUGGGCGUUCCCAUCAUCCUCGUUUUCGUCUUCCUCAUCCAAGGCUGUCUACUUCCGGGUUCAGCAGAUGGAAUUUAUUUCUAUGUACAUCCUAAGUUUGAGAAACUUCUUGAACCAGGGAUGUGGAUCGAGGCAUGUAGUCUGGCACUAUACUCUUUAAAUAUAGCCAUGGGAAACAUCAUCACUAUGGCCGGACACAACAGAGUAACCAACAACUGCUUCAGGGAUGUUCUGAUAGUCAGCAUUGCCGACAUGCUCUGCCUUAUCUUAGUUGGGUUUGCUUUCUUUGCUAUAAUUGGACAUGUUGCCUACCUACGUGGAGUUCCGGUAGAAGCUUACGAAUCAUCAGGCUUCAACCUUGCCUUCAUUAUCUACCCGGAAGUGAUGACGUAUCUCCCACUGCCACAUGUUUGGUCCGCGUUGACCUUCCUUGCUCUAAUGACCCUUGAAGUCGACUCGAUGUUACCCGGGUUAGAGAUCAUACUUGCAGCCGUUGAAGAUAUGUUUCGUGGGCUAGCAAAGCAUCGAUGGGCUGUCAUUUCCACGAUCCUGUUGACCAACUUCCUGUUUGCCCUUCCCUGCACGACACAGGGCGGAAUCUACGUUGUCACUCUUAUGGACUGGUACACCUACUUUCCUGCCGUAGCUGUCUUCGCAAUGUUGGAAUGUGUUGCUGUUAGUUGGUGUUAUGGUUUGGAGAGGUUGAAUCAGGAUAUCAGAGCUAUGUGGGGAAAGAAGGUUCCUCAAGCCAUGAUGCUGUCCAUCAAAUAUGUGUGUCCACUUCUACUGUUGGUAAGGCUGCAGACAAUGGUGAACAGGAAACAAUACUGAAUGAUAUCUUCACACAAAAGGAUGAGUUUCUGUCUAGUUUAUUGGAUCCGUUCUUAAGAUAUCUUAACCCAAAUAUCAAUGCAAUGUUAAUAUUAUGUAAGGAUGUUCCGUUUCAGAUAAUUACGAUAGAAGACGAAGGCUAAUUAGAAAACUAUCCAGAAAUCAUUAUAUUGCCUUUUUUAUCAGGCCAUCUUCAGUUACUCCAUCUACUCCUACCGACCCCCUAAGUAUGGCGACUACAUCUACCCUGCCUGGGCUACUGGAGUCGGAUGGGUGAUAUCAUGUAUUUCCAUAAUACAGGUCCCCAUCAUUUUCAUCUGGACCGUGCACCACACGCCUGGGUCUACACUCAAAGAGAAAUUGCGGUCAUCACUUCUACCUUCUGUUCAGUGGAGGCUAUCGACGCAAAGACACGGAAAUGUUUUGCAACCAAUGCAGUCUAUGGAAGAUUGAUAAGCAACAUGUUUCCUUGGAGGUUGACGCAGGGAUGAGUUUUUAUGAAUAUGAAUGUACAUGGUGACGGAGAUGUUGACGGAAAUGAAAUGAUACAAUUAACAAAAACAACAACAAGACAAUGCAGUUUAAGUAACAGUUGUAUUAUUAACCAUUUAGUCAAGUUUACAAUAUGUACGUAUGCUGGUUAUAAAUUGUUUGUAAUCAUUUAUUCAGUCAAUAAAGAUCUGUUUGUUUCCUGUUUAAUGUUGCACUCAGCAAUAUUCCAGCUGUAUGGUAGCAUUCUGUAAAUAAUCGAGUCUGGACCAGACAAUACAGUGAUCAACAGCAUGAGCAUCGAUCUACGCAAUUGGGAUACGAUGUGAAAUUACCGACUUUACUGACUCGUAAACACUGUCUGAAAUCAUUUGGUAUCAUUUGUAUUCUAAAAUUAAACCAGUUUAGAAAUGAAUACAACUCAUUCAAAGGUAUUACGGUGACAGUACAAAAUAGAAUGGCAGUAUAGAUUCACUGGAAGACUAUUGCAAAGGCAGUGAUAAUAGCAAUAAUUAAUAUGAUGGUAUAUACCUCUCAGUAACAGUAAUCAAACAUGUAAUUGGGCAGAAUAAUCACGGUAUCAUGAUCUUCACACACAAUACUCGUCAUCUUGUAAUUUGAGGUGUCAUGUAAGAUGAGAGGCAAUAACCAACUCCCCUUAUAUAUGUUACAGUCAGAUUGUGAAAUCAGUCAUUUCAUGAAAUGACUAAAGAAUUCAGUCAU